UUUUUUUCGUUAUCUAUUCUUCCUUAUUCGUUGUUUUUUUUUCUGAUGUGAUACCCGAUCGAAAUUGUGAUUUGACAGAAAUAUUUUACCCCAAAAAAAAAAUUUCGUUGUUUUUGUUGUUGUUUGUUUUUCAAAGUGAAAAGUGCCACACAAAAAUAAAAAUCCUUACGUCGACGAAGAAAAUAUCUUUACGAAAAAAUUUUCCGGACACCACACACACACAAAAAAAACGUAAACUUUUAUCAUCAUCAUCAUCGGUUCAUUCAGAAAUUAGUUUGUGUGUAUCUUCUUCGUUAAUCUUUUAAAUUUGAUUUGAUUUGAUCAAAAUGGAUAUUGAUAAUAGUUUAUUAAAAUUUCAAAUACGUCAAGGACGUAAACCAGAACAUAAUGAUCAAGAUAUUGAACAAAUGAUGCCAUCAUUACCUGAAAAUUGUCCAUUAUCACCAUAUCGUCGUAUGGCAUCAUUUGAUUGGCGUGAUCUGAAAUUAAUUAUCGAAGGUGAACAAGUAAUACGUUUUCGUAAUCGUAUAUUUCGUACAUUAGAAAAUGAUCCAUUAUUUCAACGAUCACCGAUUGAAGAAUUAACACGUGAUGAAAAACGUGAAAUAACAUUUAAACGUUUAAAACGUUUAAUGGAAUAUAAUUUAUUACCCGAUGAUGAAUUCAUACAGAAUCCAUUAUUAACACAACAAUUAUAUAAUGCACUUGGUCAAUAUGAUUGGUCAUUAUCAGCAAAACAAUUUCUUGCACGUGAAUUUGUUACAAUUAGUUUACGUGGUGCUGGUUCAAGUCGUCAUUUAGCAAUACUUGAUCAAAUGUUAAGUUUUGAAGCUAUUGGUUGUUUUGCAUUAACUGAAUUAUCACAUGGUUCUAAUACAAAAGCAAUGGGUACAAGAGCUGAUUUUGAUCUAAACACUCAAGAAUUCAUAUUGAAUACACCUAAUUUUGAAUCAACAAAAGUUUGGUCCGGUAAUAUGGGUCAAACUGCUACACAUGCUGUUACAUUUGCUCAAUUAUAUGUUAAUGAUCGUAAUCAUGGUCUGAGUGCAUUUAUAGUGCCAAUACGUAAUCCAAAAACAUUGUUACCAUAUCCGGGUGUUAUUAUUGGUGAUAUGGGACCAAAAAUCGGUCUUAACGGUUUGGAUAAUGGAUUUGCUGCAUUCGAAAAUUAUCGUAUACCAAAAAGUUGUCUAAUGAAUCGUACUGGUGAUAUUGAUUCAUCGGGUGAUUAUGUAACAACAAUUAAAGAUAAAAAACAUCGUACCGGUAUUACAUUAGGCACAUUAUCAAUGGGACGUGUUGGCAUUCUAUCGAUAUCGAUUGUAAAUAUGAAAACAGCCAUAACAAUCGGUAUAAGAUAUUCAGCUGCACGGCGGCAAUUUGGUCCACGAUCAAAUCCAACCAUAGAAUGGCCUGUUAUUGAAUAUCAAAUGCAACAAUGGCGUUUAUUUCCUUAUUUAUCAGCCACCUAUGUUUUAGAUAUAUUUUGUCAAUCAUUUUUAAGAGAUUUUUUAAAUUUUCAAGUAGCCGUAUUAUUUGGUACUAGUUCACCAUCAUUAGCUGAAUUAGGACAAGAAAUACAUGCUGUUGCUUGUGCAGCAAAACCAAUAUCCGGUUGGUUAUGUCGUGAUACAAUACAAGAAUGUCGUGAAGCAUGUGGUGGUCAUGGUUAUUUAGCUGCAUCACGUCUUGGUGAAUUACGUGAUGAUCAUGAUGCUAAUAAUACCUAUGAAGGAGAUAAUAAUGUUUUACAAAUGCAAACAAGCAAUUUUCUUAUUAGUAAAUAUAAAAAAUUUAAUACCCAAUAUCGUAAUAAUAAUGGUAAUGGCAAUGGUAAUGGUAAUGGCAAUGAUGAUUUGGAUGAAAUAAUUAUCGAUAAUAAUGCUGAUGAUGAAUUUAAAUCACAAAUGGGUUCGAUUGAAAUAUUACGUAAUGUUGAUGAUAAUGUUAAACGUUUACGUUAUGAACCAGGUGAAAAUGUUUGCAGUAUUGAUUGUCAAAUUUCAUUACCAUUACUUGUUGCCGGUUUUGGUAUGGUUUUAGCCGGUAUUCUACUUGAUCAUAUCAAAACAUCGGUUGUAUUUAUAAAUAUGCCCGAAAUUUAUAUAUUAUUGCCAGCAUUAUUAGGUCUGAAAGGUAAUCUUGAAAUGACAAUGACAAGUCGUUUAUCAUCAAUGGCAAAUUGUGGUCAAUUAAAUAAAGAAAAUCGUUUACAAAUAUUUCGAUCAAAUAUUGCACUUGUACAGUGUCAAUCAAUUGUAAUCGGUUUUGCUGCCGCUUUAUUUGCAUUAUUGGUCAAUCUAUUUUAUUCAUCAUCAACAAAUAUGUUUAAUGGUUAUUAUAAUCGUUCAACAUCAACAAUCCAUUUUAAUCAUAUACCGAUGCUUUGUGCAACAAGUAUUAUUACAGCUUCAUUAACUAGUCUUUUGCUUGCAACCAUAAUGAUAUUGGUAAUUUGUUGGACAAUCAAACAUGAUAUUAAUCCGGAUAAUGUAGCAACACCAAUUGCUGCUGCAUUAGGUGAUCUAGUUACAUUGGCAAUUCUUUAUGUGAUUGCAUCAAUUUUCUAUUCGAUUAUGGAUGAUUGGUGGUUUAUAUUGGUGAUAAUUGUUAUCAUUAGUUUAUUGUUAGUCAAUUGGUUAGCUAAUGUGGCACGUUCACAUUUAUCAACCGGUUCAUCACUUGGUUUACGUUGUUGGAUACCAAUGUUUAUUGCUAUGUUUAUAUCAAGUAUUAGUGGUUUUAUAUUAAGCUAUUCGGUUAUUCGUUUUGAUGAUAUUGCUGCAUAUCAACCAUUAAUGAAUGGUGUUGGUGGUAAUAUUGCCGCCAUACAAGCAUCACGUUUAUCAUCAAAUUUACAUAUGAUACGUACAUUUAAUCAGGAAAAUUCCCAUAGUAAAUUAUUACGUCUAGUCAAACAAUUUGAUGGACAUAAUUUGUUUGCUUUUCUUAUUGGAAAAGAUCAACAUUCACUAUCAACACAAACAUUAUUAUCGGUUGUAAUGCCAUUUCAUUUAAUAUUUUUUGUAUUAUUAAAUCAAUUCAAUGACCAUCAACAUCCAUCCAAAUAUUUAUGGCUAUUUUUACCCAUUUAUUUGAUCUCAACAUUUAUACAGGUAUUAAUUUUACUAUUAAUAACCGGUAUAAUUAUUAUGAAAUUAUGGAAAUAUGGACAUAAUCCUGAUGAUUCAUCAAUACCAUAUUUAACAGCAUUUGGUGAUUUAUUGGGUACUAUUUUGCUUACUAUUGCCUUUUAUUUAUAUGAAUUUUCUGUACAAUUUUUAUGAUAUAAACCGAUCAAA